AUGGAUACAGCUGCCAGCCUUAUCGCAAUUGCGACACUCUGCGAGAAACUCAUCAAGUACAUUAACGCCACCCGUGCGGCCAAGGAUGACAGGCAACGCCUUCGCUCACAGAUACGGGCAUGCAGCCAUAUCAUCCUUCAACUCAAAGACGAAGCCGAGGACUCUGAAAACUCUGAGGAAAGCGAGGAAUGGGCCAAGUCAAUGCAGUUACUGUCCAGUCCACUCCAUCGCCUUCAUGAGGCUCUGAGCGUAGCAGCUCAGGCUCUUUCCCCUCGGGACAGCGCCAUAGAGAAACUGAAAUGGCCUUUCAAGGAACAAGAUGUACGGAAACUAAUAGACGCUGUAAGAUGUGAGAUGGACUUAUUGUCCUUGGCUCUGGACAGAAAUUCAACACGGCUGCUGCAAAAGAUCAGUCUUCACUCCCAACACAACGAGCAGCUACUUUUGGAGUUGAAAGCCGCGCUGGGGACUCGAGAUGUUGACCAUCAGUUUGCUCUUGAAAACGUCGCAAAAAAACUCGGGAGACUUGAGAUGGGCCAGCAUGGCGUCCAAGGACAAGUUCAGCAGCUGCACGAACGCCACGACUUAGAGGAAGCCAUACAGAAGCGACAGUCCAUCCUUGAGUGGCUAACUCCUAUUGAUCAUGAAUCUCAACAGCGCGACGCCAUUCGUUCACGACAAGCUGGAACCGGCCAAUGGCUGCUAAAUUCACAACAGUAUCAAGACUGGCUCGCUGGAAAGCAUCGUACAUUGUUCUGCCCAGGAAUACCGGGCGCAGGAAAGACGGUUCUGGCUUCCAUAAUCAAUGAGGAUCUGAAGCACCGAUUCCAUGUUGACCCCCAAAUUGGCCUUGCCCAUCUGUUUUUUGACUACCGUCGCCAGGAUCAGCAGUCAUUAGAGGUUCUCCUUUCUGGCUUGCUGAAACAGCUUGUUGCACAACAGCUACCAUUACCUAAACAAGUGGAAGCUUUCUACACAACUCACCGACAGAAGUACUCUGGUCGGGUCAGUACAGUCGUGCCGACCUUGGAAGUAGUGAUUGCGAGCUUCUCAAAGGUCUUCAUUGUACUAGACGCUGUUGAUGAAUGUCUGGCCCCCGAACAAAAUUGUACAGACUUCUUAUGUGUCAUACAAGAGUUGCAGGAAAGGCAUAAGCUCCAACUCCUCGCCACAUCACGUGUUAUUCCGGAGGUCACCGAGCGAUUUACGGAUGCUUCCAUAUUACAAAUCCAAGCAGAUGCUCAAGAUGUUCGAAAGUACCUCACUCAACAAGUACAUCGACUUCCAGGCUUCGUACGAAAAGAUGUAGAACUGCAAAAUGAGGUAAUCUCCAGCAUCGUUGAAGCGGUGCAAGGGAUGUGA